AUGUUCGAUGAAAUUCGAUACGAACUCGACGGCGUGGAGAUUGAUCGUUGCAGAAACGUGGGCAUAACUAGCACGCUCAAACAUUACGUCACAACGUCGUCCGACAGAAGCGUGAUUCUGAGGAACGCUGGCUGGGACCCGCUCACCAGCAACGAGGGAUUCUUCAAUUUCUGCGUACCUCUCUAUGCGCUGUUGGGAUUCUGCGAAGAUUACAAACGCGUGGUGCUCAACGCUCGUCACGAGUUGAUCCUGAUACGAUCGCGCAACGACAACAAUUGCCUGACGGGAAAUCAAGCGCUAGAGCCCUCGAUCGAAUUGUCGAAGAUACAAUGGCGAAUGCCGCACGUGUUACUGAAUGAAAUAAACAAGCUGUCGAUGCUGCGCGCUCUGGAGAAAUAUGAUGAAGAUGUGACCUGUGAUGACGAAAGCGAUAAUGAUCAUGUUAUUUGUGAAGAUUAUUUUGAUUCGUUUGAUAGUCCGAACUUAAAUGAUAACACAAAUGAUAAUAUCAUCAUGUUUGAAGCUGCCGGUUUAUCAAUUUGUCAAGUUUUCACAAUGGUCCAAGCUUUAACUUUGCGCUAUCAUCAUUCCGAUGAGUCUAGACAUGCGCUAUUAAAUUUAAUUAAAAGUUUGGCUGGGCCAAAAUUUAGUUAUAUAAAUACUUCAAAGUAUAUGAUGUCAAAAUUGUACAAUCCACCCGCGAAUAAAAUAUUGUACGUAUUUUAUUGUAUCGAAUGUUACAUCCCACUGUUAAAUCCACUUUCAAAAAAUCGUGUUGGUCAGAAAAAGACUGUUAUGUGUGGCCUUAUUAGAGGAUGA